AUGUCUCAUCCAACUAUUGCUCGACCUAUACCAUUAAAUCCACGUUCAACUUCAACAACAAAAAUGGAAAAACAAUCACCACCCCCAAUGCCAUCAUCAUGGUUAUCAUUAGAUCGUUUUCAUACAGAAGCUGUUAUUCGACAGAAAGCAUUACAAUUAUUACAAACAAGAUUUCCUCUGAAUGCACUUGAUUUUCUUUCAUCACUUGCACCACCACCGCCGCCGCCACUGCUGCCGCAUCCAAUUCAUCCACAUUCACUUGCUGCAAUACUUUCUUCAUCGAAUUCACCAAAUAGUUCAUCGUCAACUUCUUUCAAUUCAAAUUCAUCAAGUUCAAAUUCUCCGCCACCCUCAUUUUCAUUAGCAUUUCGUUCACCGUUACUACCGCCACCACCACUACCUUCAUCUCAAUCAUCACGUAAAGAAUCAAUGAAACAAUCUUCAGAUAAAUGGUGGAGUGUCAAUGAACAUUCGACAAGUUUAUUCGGUUCAGUAACACGACGAUGUAAACGUUGUCGUUGUCCAAAUUGUAUAAAUCAACCGUCAAAUGGUUUAUCCGACUCAUCAACAGCCAAACGUCAACAUAUAUGUCAUAUUUGUAAAAAAAUCUAUGGUAAAACAUCGCAUUUAAAAGCUCAUCUUCGUUGGCAUGCUGGUGAACGUCCAUUUCGUUGUCAUUGGCUAUUCUGCGGCAAAGCAUUUACACGUUCAGAUGAAUUACAGCGUCAUUUACGUACACAUACUGGUGAAAAACGUUUUGCAUGUCCUAAAUGUGGCAAACGUUUUAUGCGUUCGGAUCAUUUAUCAAAACAUUCAAAGACGCAUGAUAUAUCAUCAUCAUCAUCAUCAACAGUAUCAUCAUCAUCAACAAUGAUUAGUCAGCAACCAACUAAACUUCUUGAAACAACAAUAAGAAGUAAUAGUAGUAGUGUCAGUAGCGAAGAAAUAUGUGCAGAUAUUUCCUCACAUGAAGAUGAUGAACAAGAUGAAAUUAUCGAUGUGCAAUAUUGA